AUGGCAGUGGAGGAAGAAAGUGAAAAGCCCAGGACUAAUGCUGCUAUCCUGCCCUUCAGUGUGGAGGCAUUGAUGGCUGACAAGAAACCAGGGAGAGACCUCUCCAGCCCAGCUGUGUCCCCACUAGCUGGCACAUCCCACAGCCCCAGGAUGGGGUCACUGGCAGCCAUAGACACCCCCAGCUCCCCUAUGUCUCUCAACAGCCAUUACUCUGUCGGGGGGAUCAUGAAACUCCCAGAAGAAGCACUUGUCAAAUCUGAGAGCCCGGACAGACAGGACAGGAACCCCUGGAUGCAAAGUUCUAGGUUCUCUCCUUCUCCAACAAGGAGGAUGAGCCCACCAGCCUGCACCCUAAGAAAACACAAAACCAACAGGAAGCCCAGGACCCCCUUUACCACCUCUCAGCUGCUGGCCCUGGAGAGGAAAUUCAGACAGAAGCAAUAUCUGUCCAUAGCAGAAAGAGCAGAGUUUUCCAGUUCCCUCAACCUCACUGAGACUCAGGUGAAGAUUUGGUUCCAGAACAGGAGAGCAAAGGCCAAGAGGCUGCAGGAGGCAGAACUGGAGAAACUAAAAAUGGCAGCCAAGCCUAUGUUACCACCAGCUUUUGGGAUCUCCUUCCCACUUGGGACAGCAGUACCUACAGCCUCAUUGUAUGGAACCUCAAAUCCUUUCCAGAGGCCAACUCUCCCUGUGUCACCUAUGGGACUUUACACAGCACAUGUAGGAUACAGCAUGUACCACCUCUCCUAG